CUGCAUACGGCAACUGAGGGGAGAUGAACUUGCCUGGCACUUCAAGGGAAUGUCAGAAAAGCUUUCCUGGAUCCUGAACUUUUAAAGUGCGUCGCCAGUUGCGUUCACACACUGAGCUGUACAAUCGCCUGAUUGUCACGGUUGUUUUUUGACAGUCCCCCCUCUUUUUCCCUUUCCGUUUUAUUUCACAUUUUUUUUCUAUUGUGAGUGGAAUCGCAUAUCGAAACAAAAGUGGAUUUAACAGACGUUGCGCUGUCCAUCACUUCUCCAAGAUGCUCUUGGUGUCCCAGCAGCUGCUAGACACACCUCGCAUGGAGCCAAUACUGCCUGGAUCGCUGAAGAGGAAGCUGACUGGGCCCGAGGGCUCUCUGGGGUCGGUGAACGGGCUCUCGGAUGGCCCCAUGUCCCAGGGCAGCGCUAAGCGGCUCUGCCUGGAGGAUGUCACCAUGGGCACCGGCUACCCGCACCCGCCCUUCUCCUCCGGGCACGGGGUGGGCGGCCAGGGCGGCAUCAGCAACAGCAACAGCAACAACGGGCUGGAGUCCCCGUACAUGCCCACCAAGGUGAGCCCCGCGGGCUCGGGCGGCAUGGGAGGGGGCAUGGCGUCGCCGUUCGGCAACAACGGGGGCAACGUGCCGUCCUCGGUGGAGCAGGAGCUGCAGGACAUCCUGGAGGAGCUGACCAAGAACCCCGACCCCACGCUGCCCGAGCUGGACAUCGAGAAGAUCCUGGGCAGCAAGGAGGACGAGGGGACGUCCGGCGGCGGAGGAGGUGGAGGUGGUGGUGGUGCCCCCCCCGGGGCGUUCAUGCACCCGGACGAGGCCGGCACGCCCAAGUGCUCCCCGCCGCGGCCCUCGCACCUGGAGGCCCACCUGACGCGCUCCCCGGGCUUCCCCCAGGCCGGCUCCCCUCAGGUGGGCCUGAGCCCGGCCGGCGCCCCCUACCCCAUGUCCCACCCGUCCAAGCCGGUCCUCUCUCCGCUCUCGGCGUCGCCCCUGUCCUCGUCGUCCUCGUCGGCGCAGGCCCAGAACCAGGCGCGCUCGCCCAUGCUCUCGGCCGCCCUGUCCAGCCGCGCCGGGUCCGGCUGGCGCUGCGAGAUGUCCCGCUCGCAGCAGCUCCAGCAGCUGGCCUCCAACAGCAACAAGCACCACCCGCCCGGCAACCAGGGCCCCGCGCCCCCCCCGCCGCCCCCGCCCUCCCAGCCGGGCAUGCCCUCCUCGGGCUCCUCGUCCUCCUGGGCCGGCCCCUCUCCUCCGUACCGGCCCGGGGACAAGCUGCCCAGCUCCUCGCCCCACCAGCAGCCCUUCAGCCCGGCGGGCAGCAGCAUCCAGAGCCCCCAGAGCUCGCUCAUCUCCAGCCUGGCGCCCGCGCCCGCCCAGGGCCCCUCGCCGCCCUACCGGCCCGAGAAGCUGACCAGCCCGGCGCUGGCGCAGCCGCCGUUCAGCCCGCAGAGCGCCCUCCUGCCCUCGGGCAGCGUGCCCCAGGCGGGCGGCAGCAUCCAGGGCUCGCAGGCCAGCUACCUGGGCCCCGGGGCCAACACAGCGGCGGGCGCCACGCGGCCCUCGCCACCCUACCGCCAGGACCCCAAGCACGGCAGCCCCGGCGUGGGCAUGGGCGUGCCCGCGCAGCAGCAGAACGGCUCGGCCGUGCAGAACAGCCAGCUGUUCAAGGCCAUCACGUCCAGCCAGGCGGCGCCCAGCAACCUCAAGCUGCUCAUGCAGCAGGGCCAGCCGGGGCCGGCCUCUGCCGGACAGUCCGUCCACCAGCCCAUGGCCCCGGGUCCCAUGGGGAAGGGCCCCGGCGGGGGGCCCGACUACUCCUUCACCAACACCAAGCCGCUGCGCCACUUCGACCCCGACCUGACCGUAGCGGCGGCGGUCAGCCAGCAGCAGCAGCAGCAGCAGCAGCAGCAGCAGCAGCAGCAGCAGAAGAUGGGCGGACCGGCCAGCCUCCCGUCGCCGGCGUCCGGCGGGAACGGCGUCCACGGGGGGCCGAUGGGGGGUCCGGCCUACCGCGGGUCCAGCAUGCAGACCGGACCUCCCACGUCGUCGGCGGCCGCUGCAGCAGCCGCCACUCACAACCACAUGCUCCAGCAGCGCAUGCAGAGGGCCAUGCAGCGGGGCGCGGGCCCCGGAGGAAUGGUCUCCAUCUGCAGAGAGGAUACAGGCCCUGGGAUGGUUCCUCGGCUCCAGGACCCGUCGUCUGUUCCGCGACCGAGUCCGAGUAGCUACAACAACAUGCUGCUGAAGUCCCAGCUGAUCCGCAAGCAGCUGGAGAAGCAAAGACAGAUGGAGCAGAUGAACGGAGGCCCCAUGCCAGACUGCCAGCAGGUGACGCCAUUCCAAGGUGGAGGACGACCUCUACCAGGUGACUGUGGAUAUCCAAUGGGAGGCCCCCAGUCCAACCCCUCCAUGCUGGCCCACGCCUCCAGUCGGAUGGGUCUCCCCCCCGGCUCCCUCAACCAGGUGGGCCCGUACGGGGGCCAGGUCAUGGGCCCCGCUGGCUCCAAGCAGCAGGCCCUCUACAAUCAGGCCCACGAGUUUGGCAUGCAAAUGCGGCCGGCCCAGGGCAUGAUGGGAAUGGGUGGUCCUCCACGGCAGGUGUUGUCGGCGGCAGCGGCGGCAGCAGCAGCGUCUCACAUGGGUCACGGUGGCGUGCGGAUGCCCGGGCCGGGGAUGGCGGGUGGCGGCAUGCCCACGCAGCACCUGCGGCAGGCCCUGAGUCACGGCGGCGGCGGUGGCGCUCUCCCCCCUCGGAUGCUCCUGACCCCCCAGCAGCAGCAGCAGCAGCAGCAGCAGGCCCAAGCUCAGGCCCAAGCUCAGGCCCAAGCCCAGGCCCAAGCCCAAGCCCAGGCUCAGGCUCAAGCGCAGUCCCAACUCUGGCAGCACCAACAGGGGGCGCUCUCGCACAUGGACCCCUCGGGGGGCCACCAGCACGGCUUCUCCGGCUGCGGGGGGCCCUCCCAGUUCCCCCCCCAGCAGCAGCAGCAGCAGCAGCAGCACGCCCUGCGGACUGGCAUGCCGGCCAACUUCGGCCCCCGGGGGCCGCCGCACCAAAGCCAGAUGAGCAUGGCGGGCCGGCACGUGCAGCGGUUCCCGUCGGGGACCGGCAUGGGGCCGGGGCCGGGCCAGCCGCUGCCCUCCAGGGCCCAGCACAGCCUGCGGCUCCGCACGCCCCUCUCCGCCAUGGCCGUGAUGAAGCCGGGCGGCCCCUCCAUGAUGCACCACCCGGCCCACGGCUUAGCGCCCCCCAGCUACCCCACCUCGGCGGUGGCUGGCAAACACCCCGGCUCGGUGCAGGGCUACGGACCCGGGCACAACCCAGGACACAAACUGCCCCCUUACGACCUGCCCCCUCAGCACCAGAGCAACGGGGGCAUGUCGGGGCCGCCCAGAGGCCCGGGCGGUGGGGUGGGCGGCGGCGGCGGUGGUGCGGCCGGUGAGGUGGACUUCAUAGACACGCUGGUGGGCUCCAACGACGACUGGCUCAACAACCUCACAAUGAUCGACGAGUACCUGGAACAGAACUCAUAGGUGUCUCUAGGGAGGUUGUGGACUCGUCUUGACUGCAUCACUUGAGAACGGCCAUCAGGAGGAGAUGGCCCCAAACAAAACAAGGCCCCCCCAUCACUCAAACUGCAUUAGCCCACACGUCAUGGGUCAACUAGUCUCUGAGAGGGUCAGUGCGGCAGGUCCACUAACCCAGGCACUCGGGUGUGUUAGCUGUGGAGAGUGACUGGUGUGAUGGUGCACUGCCAAGCCCAAUCCCCCCCCCCCUGGUCCCUCACACACUCCAGCUCAUAAGCCUGGCCUUGUGUACGUGCCAGUUGCAGGCACAGUUUUGGUCACACAUACAGUAGCUAUGAGACACAGGUCACACAGUCCUCCUCACCACGUACAGUACUGUAUUUCAUCCAUGAGCUGUUAGCAGCCACACUAUGGCUACCCACUACCAAUAUUUAUACUAAUAACGACAUUUCAAGUCUCAGAAGCCUGUUGGGAAUUGAGUGAAUACCGUGUGAGUGAUUUGGUUUGUUGUUGGCACCGCAACAAAUGCAUUCAGUCAGCAUACCUGAUCACCUCACUGGCAGAUUUUAAUUGGUGAUACCAAAUCACUCGCUUGGUUACAGCUUUGUGUAAACUGGGGUAGCCAUAGUUACUAAUUGGCCAAUAGGGGCACAGCGAUUUUGCUUGCCACUGUUGCCGUGGCAAUGUUCAUUUACAUUUCCAAUUGAAAGCAACAUAUGGGUAUUCAUGAAGGGGCUUGCAUUGUAUAUAGUGAAAUAUUUUGUAAAAUAGUUUUUUCAUAAGUGUAACAUACAAAAGAAGUAAACAUAUUUAUACUCCUUUUUCUGCAAAUAAGUUCCUCCGAUUUCCUUUGUAAAUAAUUACUAAAAUGGGAUAAAUGAAACAAAUAAAAACAUGAUCUGGUAUGAAAGAAAAAAAAUAAACCAGAAAAUUAUAGCAAGAAAAGAAAUUGGUAUUACAUUAGGAGAAUCUAAUUGUAAUUUGAUUUUUAAAAUAUGCAAAACUAGCUAGUUUUCCCCAGUAAUACUGUGUAUUACAAAUGAAAUAUUUGUUAUGUUUUUGACAUAACUCAGCUCCUGGUACUUGAGUUUGGCCCAGGGUGUUCUUUGUUUUCUUUUUGUUUUCUGUCUUUUUUGUGAGAAAGAGUCAGAGCACACUUCCCUUUUUUACCACCAUUGUUGUGAAACUAUACAGCACCCCCUCUCUCUCUCUCUCUCUCGCUCUCUCUCUUUCCCUCUCUCUCUCUUUCUCUCUCUCGCUUACUCUCUCUCUCUCUCUCAAGUCCCCACACUCCAUUCCUGUACUCACUAGAAUUCUCCCUUUAUGGUUCCGGCCAUUUAUCAGACAAUGCAUCAGACACCAGUGUGUCUGUCUCCUGUUUGGCAACAGGCGCGGAAAAUCUGGGGAGUUAUGGGAUCUCUGUGUCCACCGUAGUGCCC